AAUUGCUCAACGGUAACCGCUAUUGUUAUUCUGGCGUUAAAUUACUUUAAUAUGGUUGAAUUACAAUUUGCAAAAUGGGUCCCACCACCAGCAUGGGUACCAUAUAGACCUGGUGUUCCUUAUAGGCCCUUAGGCGUAGGCGUUCAAUUACCUGCACCAGUUACUGUGGUCCAACCGGCUGUACCCAUCGGUAUAGCUCCGGUUCAUGCAGCAGUUCCUGGUAUUCCUUUGGAUGGAAGACCACCAGUUGUAAUGGACACCUCCAACCGCAUCGUAGUAGAAAAUAAUCACUUUGGAAAUACUCCAAAGGUGCAUUUAUUGUCUUAUCAAUGGAGGAAUCCUAAUGGUGAUGAAUGUGUUUGUAAAAAAAGACCUGGAAGUGGACCCACACCACGAAUGGUUUACUGUGAUUAAAGUUUGUUUACUUAAAAUCCAGGCGUUGAAUAAAGAGCGUUUAUGCUAUUUUGAUGUCUCACCAUCAAGUUACUCUCCCAUGAAAUUAAAAUUGUAUGAUCCUUAAUAAGCUAUCGGCAUUAAUACAAUUUAAACAAUAGUAUAAUAUGCGUACAAAUUAACUCCUAUAGAAUUUAGUAUUUUGGGCAAUUCCCCAAUUUCCUACUUCAUUUCAUGUCCGAAAAUAGGCCCAAAAUAGACUAUAAAAACCCACGAUGGUUAUGCCGCAUUUGUCAGUGGUCCAGCUGCCUGAUAGACUGUUUUCCUGAGAAUUUCAAAUAGUUUUUGAAACAAGAUGAAAUUGGUGGUGUUCUCGUUGAUGGUGAUCCUUGUGCUUGGAGUUGAUGGGAUUUUCAGAAAGAGGGGAAUGUAUAGGCAAGACGAGGACGACGAUGAGGACAAUAUUUAUGCGGUUAAGAACAUGGGUGAUAGUUGUCUAUGUUUUGAACCCACUGAGGAGGCCAGGAACGAUGAGAUUAUUGAUCCGGAGGUGGAGGAAUUGGUUUCCAGGAGGCGUGGAAGGCGUGGACUUCCGUCACUCAAACGUCUACUUACCAGGAUGUUCAUGAAAUAAUGAUUUUAUUAUCUUCUUGUAUUAUCUUAUCAAAUGAUAUUAUUGAUUCAAUAAAUUUCAAGUUGCACCACAAAAA